GCUUGGGUGUCUUCAUGCUCUGCAACGCCAAGUGCCCGGGCGGUAUCAAGGGCGCCGGCAUGCUAGGUGCCGGACUGAGCGCCCUAAAUCCGCUGACGCUUCUGUCGAAGAAGGACGAAGAAGAGGAGAAGGAGGCGCAGGAAGAAACUGAUCCAAUGAAAAAGAUGUUUAAGCAAAUGGACUACAUAGAGCCUCGGCUGCCGAUGCUGUUAGUGGCCAUAUGUUUGCAACUGUGUCGGCACUUUUGA